CGUGACAAGAACUAGCAUUCAAGCUGCCAAUUAUCAGCUCAGUCUGGUCGGACAGAUUUCAUUGCCGUACACUUCUAACCUCCACUUUACAAUGGACAAGCAGAUUCAGCAGCUUGUGGAGAUGGGUGCAACCGUGCCCCAGGCCUGUGCAGCACUGCACAAGUACAAGGAUGUCAUGCAGGCCGCUGAGCGUAUCUUCGAUGGAGAGUUUGCUCACGUGCACGAUGAGGGCGAGGGUGUGCGUAUGCAGCCCGACACGUCCUCCAUCCUUACCCCAUCGCGCACCCCUCACGCAUCCACUCCGGAGGACGUGGUGCAAGACCAUGACAUGAUGGAUGACGAUAUCGAAGAUGACGUCGAGGAUUAUGUGGACUACGAGUCAGACUUUGAAAUCCAGCCAAUGGCAAGAGAAGUGGACCCGUAUGCAGGAAUAUUCUUUUCGAAGGAUCGUCGCGAAGAUGUCAUCGAAGUCGAGGAGGAAGCGGAAUUCGUCAGCUUACCAGAAUCCAAAGAACCCAUCAAACUCAUGACGCAAGGCGAAUGGAUGAAAGGUUGUCCCGAAGGCAAUGAGCAAUCCUUCCUUUUCGCUCUGUAUGACUAUCUGUGCAGUGGUAGCUGCCCCUGUCCGCAACGUUGCGGGUUCAAGGUUCCCAGGAAGAAAUAUGACUUUUUCUCACUAUUUCCCGAGUUUCCGUCAUAUAUCGAACAUCUACAGGCAAUUAUCAAGCAGUCGUGUCCAACCUGUAAAAUCGAAUUCUGUUUUGCAUGUGGCGAAAUGGUGAACUCUGCCAACAAUCAUCCAUCUGCAUCCAGCGGUAAUGCCAGCCUCUUUCAUUGUUCGAACAUGCAAGGGGUUAUACUUGGCGUUGGACUUGCAAUGCUUGAAGCCACUUUCGCCGAACAAAGGCAGCAGCCCAUUGGUAAUGGUAACCAGGGACCUCAAAGAUCGAAAUCUAACAAGAAACGGAAGCUCCAUGCACACUCGACCCCAACUGGUGAUGACGAAGAGAGCGACAGUUACUACACCCCAUUCCCCAUGGGACGGAAGGCGAAAGGAGGCACUGGUUAUGCCGGAGAUCAGCGCGAGGACACCUCGGGUCAACUCGAGGCUCAGGCUCAGCAGCGUGUAAAGGAUGAGAAAAUUGGCUUUAUGCUAUCUCAAAUACGUGUCUACCUCCCAUCCCUUCGCAGACAUGGAGGCGCUCUUACCAGCGACUACAUGGUCCAUCCUACAGCCCUGGCUCACCUUCGAAGACGCUUCAACUACUUGUGCUCAACUCUCCUACGAAAUGAUUCUUUGACGGACAUGUCUGAGCGCUCGGUUCUCUACUUCAAAUUAUUCGAGUGGCUGGAGACUAUCUCAAAUCACGAAGCACUGGCCAGUAUGAUGGCAAUGCCCAUUAUGGUUAUUUCAUCUGUCAAGUCUGUAGCGCCGAAGAAGGCUGUUCAUAGCAAGGCGAUCAUCCGCGAACGCGCAAUUAUCUAUGAAGGUAGUGCUGGUCCUCGCGAGCUACUCGAAGCCAUCGUCAUUCAAGCGCGAGCUGCUAUCAAGGGCUUGGAAGGAAUGAAGUCUUCUGAUCCCGAACAGGAGAUGACCGAAGAACAGAAGCGGAUGACGGCGAAAGGCAAGGGUAAGGCAAAAGAAUCCUCACCACCACCGAACGACGAAAACGAAAAGUUACUGGCCUUCUGUAAUCGGAUCCUUGCUACUGCGAGUGCCAUUGACCGCUCCCUCAGGGAAACCAAGGGUGACGCUUUCGUCGACCGUCUACACGCAUCCCUCCCUAAAAUCUUGACGUCGUCGACAUUUGACCAUAUUUCUGUGAGAACUGGGGAGACAGAGGAAGAAAGAAAGAAAGGAUAUCUCGAUUGGGCAAUGCAAGUGCGCUUCGAGUACUGUGAUCUUACUGUUGCCUCUCCAGCCACCGAUCCCAACCCGUCCGUUCCUCAUUAUAAAUUUUAUUUCAACAACGAAGCUCGGAUGAUAGCAAAUUCAGACUUCCCGAAGCGGUCUCUGGCCAUCGCGAAGGAGUUGGCCGUCCUCACUACAAACCUUCCUGUGUCAUGGGAUUCUUCGGUAUUUCUGAAAGUGGACGAGAACCGAGUGGAUAUCAUAAAAGCGUUGAUCAUCGGCCCAGAAGGAACACCGUAUCAGGACGGAUGUUUCUUGUUUGACAUAUUCCUCGGGCCAACCUACAACCACACACCUCCGAGCGUGAAAUACAUGACGACCAAUGGCGGGAGAUAUCGUUUCAAUCCCAAUCUGUAUGCUGAUGGCAAAGUUUGUCUGUCUCUCCUAGGAACGUGGUCUGGUCCAGGUUGGAUCUCUGGUCGAUCUACAUUGUUACAGGUCCUCGUUUCCAUUCAAUCUAUGAUCUUGUGCGAUGAGCCGUACCUCAACGAACCAGGAUGGGCAAACGCAGGCGGGACGCCACAAUCCAAAGCCUAUUCAGCGAAUGUCCGGCGCAUGGUCGUUAAGACUGCAAUGCUUGGGAAUUUGAAGACCCCUCCGGAACCGUUUAGCGAUGUGAUUCGCACACAUUACCGACUGAAGGCGGAUGUUAUCAUCACCCAGUUAGAUAGAUGGCUUGCCCUAGAUGACGGACGACAAACCACUGGUGACAGUGCACAGACCUCGGGAAGAUGUGAUGCUACCUCAAGUUCCAAUGGAUUUAAGAAGGAUGUAGAGGAGAUGCAGAGUUUACUCCGGCAACUGAAAGACGGUACAUUUCAGUACUGAACGGUUGACCAGUAUGCAUUACCGAAACGCAGAACCAAUAUCAAAUGACAUUUCAUGCAUUUACAACUUGGACGUAGCUAGUAAAUCAUUCGUUUAGUAUCCUACAGCUGAAUUCUGCG